AUGUUUAAUUCUCAGAUCAACCAAUCUCACUCUUUCCAUAACUUAUUCACACUGCAAAAGCCCUUCCUAGCUAGAGACCUUGACGCCACCCACCAUUCCUCCUCCUCCGCCUACUCCCCCACCACCAUUCUCCUCCUGCCGACAACCACAAAGAAAUUCAAUGCCACACAUAGUCGUAGCACUCGACCUACCUCAGCAGCUGGUAAAAUAAAAGCCAUAAAAAAUCCUUUUCUUGCUAAUAUCACCAAAGUCAGUGGUGUCAUCCACACCAAAUCAACCUACCUCUUCAGUGUAACACCUAGCCGCCUUCUUGACGAUGCUGUCAGUUUCAUAUGGACGUAUGUGUUGCUCGAGUUCGUUUCUAAAGACCUUGAUUCGAAAGGUGAGCCGAAGAGGGUGAAAACGAAAGCACCUUAUGAUACUUUUGGUGGGCAAUACACCUUCGAGUUUGACGUCCCUGAUGAUUUUGGGGAGAUCGGAGCUGUGCUGGUUGAGAAUGACUACCGCAACAAGAUAUAUAUACAGAAAAUUGAACUCUCUGACAAAGUUACUUUCACAUGUAAUUCUUGGGUUCAUUCAAGUCAUGAUAACCCCCAGAGGAGGAUCUUCUUCGCCGACAAGUGUUACCUGCCGUCGGAAACGCCAGAAGCCCUCAAGUCGCUGAGAAAGAAAGAUUUGGAGUUCAUUCGAGGCACUGGUCAAGGAGAGCGUAAAGCUUUCGAGAGGAUUUACGAUUACGAUGUAUACAACGACCUUGGGGAUCCCGACAAUAAGAGCUCCGAUCUAGCACGGCCGGUGCUCGGUGGCAAGAAAUUUCCUUACCCUAGGCGCUGCCGUACUGGUCGGAAAAUGUCUUCCACAGAUCCGUUGACGGAGACAAGAUCUUCAGACCCGUUUUAUGUACCAAUCGAUGAAGAUUUUUCAGAGAUAAAGUCGGUAUCAUUUGGAGCGAGGACAUUGUAUAAUUUGCUCCUUUCUGUUAUACCCCGCAUAGGCACGGCUUUGACAGGAAAAGACGAAGACUUUCUUUUAUUCGAGGACAUAGACGAGCUUUUCGACGAAGGAGUUCUUAUUAAUGGUAGUGAUAAAGAAGUUGCAAGUGUUUUGCCUAGACUUAUUCAUGAGGUUGCUGAUGCCGCAGAUGACCUUAUCAAGUUUGAUCCACCUGAAACCGUCCGCAGGGACACGUUCUUUUGGCUCCGUGAUGAUGAAUUCAGUCGACAAAUGCUUGCUGGUCUUAAUCCAUGUAGCCUACAGUUGGUUACGGAAUGGCCAUUGAUAAGUAAAUUAGACCCAAAAGUCUAUGGGCCACCUGAAUCAGCAAUCACCAAGGAGAUUGUAGAGCGAGAAAUUAAAGGUUUCAUGACAUUUGAUGAGGCUUUGGCACAAAAGAAACUGUUCAUGUUGGAUUACCAUGAUCUGCUAUUGCCCUACGUAAGCAAAACAAGAGAUCUUGAAGGGGUAACUCUAUAUGGUUCAAGGACUUUAAUGUUCCUUACUCCUGCUGGAACGUUGACCCCAGUUGCCAUAGAGUUGACUCGUCCAUCAUCAGAAUGGCAACCACAGUGGAAGCAUGUCUACACACCUUCUUUGGGUGCAACCGGUUCAUGGCUCUGGAAGCUAGCCAAGGCUCAUGUCCUUUCUCAUGAUUCUGGUGUUCACCAGCUUGUUAGUCAUUGGCUAAGAACUCAUUGUGCCAUUGAGCCUUACAUAAUUGCCACCCAUCGUAAUCUUAGCCAAAUACAUCCUAUUGCACGACUACUCCACCCUCAUUUUCGGUACACCCUGAAAAUCAACGCCCUAGCUCGACAAUCUCUCAUUAAUGCCGGUGGUAUUAUAGAGUCAACAUUCUCUCCUGGAAAAUAUUGUAUGCAACUUUGCUCUGACGCCUACGAUCUGUUGUGGCGUUUUGAUCAUGAGGCACUCCCAGCUGACCUGAUUAGCAGGGGAAUGGCUGUUGAAGAUGAAACUGCACCACAUGGUUUGAAGCUAACAAUCGAGGACUAUCCAUAUGCAAACGACGGUCUAAUCCUUUGGGAUGCCAUCAAGCAGUGGGUUACAUCUUUUGUCAACAACUACUACCCAAAAGCAAGCCUCGUAGAAUCUGAUGAAGAGCUUCAAGCAUGGUGGAAUGAAAUUCGAACAGUUGGACAUGGAGACAAGAAGGACGAAUCAUGGUGGCCACAACUCAAAACCCAAGAUGAUUUGAUUGGAAUCGUAUCAACGAUCAUAUGGGUGGCUUCCGGCCACCAUUCAGCUGUGAACUUCGGACAAUAUGAUUUUGCUGGUUAUUUCCCAAACCGACCAACCAUCGCCAGAACCAAAAUGCCUAACGAUGACCCAACAGAUAAAGAGUGGCAGAUAUUCUUAAAUCGACCUGAGGAUGCGUUGUUGAAAUGCUUCCCUUCCAAAAAGCAAGCAACCAUAGUCAUGGCGAUUCUAGAUGUUUUAUCAACUCAUUCCACUGAUGAGGAGUAUAUUGGUAAAACUGUAGAAGGGCCAUUUGAGGCAGAGCCAGCUAUAAAGAAAGCAUAUGAAGAGUUUCGUGCAAGAAUUAAUGAAAUGGAAGUCAUCAUAGAUUCAAGGAAUGCCGAUCACAAUUUAAGGAACCGAAGUGGUGCAGGGUUAGUUCCAUACCAGCUUCUCAAGCCUUUUUCUGAAGCUGGUGUUACCGGAAAAGGUGUUCCAAACAGCGUCUCCAUCUAGUUCAGUCGUUUCCAGCUGCAAUAAAGCCUUUCAAGAUCAAUAUAUGGUCUGAUGCUACAUUAAUAAGAUCACUAAGUAGGUUGUUGUGUUUUUUUGGUGUGUCGUUAACAACAUAUGGUGUUGUUAAGUAUUGUUGUUACCAACACUAGUAGUUGGAAAUUACGUAAUGUGAAAUAAAAGAAU